GCCAUCAUCUGCAUAAGCACGAAGACUGGUUUUGAUCUGAUCUUCCAAGUUGAAUUCGCAUAAGUCCAGGGCCCCCAGAACCAUCGAUUACAAUAUGGCCAUCUACCACAUCGUCCUCUUCCGCCUCAAACCCGGCGUCAGCAAGGCCCGAGUCGACCAUUGGUCCAGCCUAGCCAAAGGCAUGGUCGGCCAGAUCCCUGGUCUCCGGGAACUCCAGGCCGGCGGCCCCCUCGCAGCCACCGCCGCCAGAGCCAAGGGCUUCGAUAUGGGAAUCGUGGCUAUCCUGGAGAAGCCAGAUGAUGUACAGACUUAUGCUGCGCAUCCCGCGCAUCUGGAGGUGCAGAAGUUGAGAGAGGAACUGUGCGACGAUGCGUUGGCUUACGACUUGGAGUUUUGAGGCGGAAGUAAAUAGACAGGGGCUCUGCCUGGGCAGGAGGAGAAGGAUGGGGGCUAGGAGCAAGCUACAAGAUGUACAUACUGUCAGGCAUUGAGAUUUUGAAUACACGCGACUAUCUUACACUGCAUCUGAACAUCUGCCAUGCUCCAACUUUCCCGGAUUUCACACUGCAAUCCCGGUUUAUCCCGGGAUAUUACCAGCUUCGCAGUAACUAUUCAAUUUCUCCAAAAAAAAAAAAAAAAAAAAAAAAAAAAGAUGCAAGUUCAAUGACAAGCCUUGCCGUACUUCC